AUGUCAUUCGUUUUUACUUCCUUUUUCAAUUUCCAUUUGUCGCAUUCGUUUAACCUUGACCGCAUCCAGCUAACUCAUGUAUCGGUGCAGUUGAGCCGCCUGAUUAGAAAUUCAGAGCGGACGGGUUAUUUCUUUCCAAUUCCUUCCAGCGAUACAACUUCCUGUAAGCAUUGGUUCGGGGAGCUCCUCCAUUUCGACUCUGCGCGAACGGCAGUUCGAGAAACAUCAGCUGGCGCAGACCCGGAAGACCCGCACGAAUACAUGAAUUGGAUCUUAAGCAGCUUGAUCCCCCGAGAUGAGGCCGUUUAUCAUCAACUCGCCAGAAGAGACAACUGGCCCAGUCGAAACGUCGGUGUCAUGUUGGUUUUCUGCAUUAUCUUCAUCAUCGCCUCUGGCCUGCUUAUUCUUGCCCUCUACCGAUGGAAUCUACGGCGCAAGGCCGCUCGUGGAGGCCAUUAA